AUGGAUUCCAUAAGCAAUACUCUCUUCACUCGAGGCGUCUUCUCCAGCCAUGGACACCCAAGACUGCCCCUUUCCCCCUCAUCAUCCGCCUCUAUAUCUUGCCCACCUGUAUCCUCAAACGCUCUUUCCGCACCCGCCUCUAACAGGCCGAGUAAGACUACUGGCAUCAUGCCAAUAACUUCCACUUCAUCUCAAAGCCCUACUGCAUCUUCUGUUUCCAUCAGCAGCUGUCUAAAAAGGCGCCGCCAUGAAGCCUCCUGCAUAUCUUCUGCUUGUGGCUCUGCCAAUAACACUCCGGCCGUUCGUUUGCCAUCAAACAUGGCAACUGUUUACUCUGCUUUGAAUACUUCCUCUACCGCCACUGUGCCCUCUAGCCAGCUAGGUUCAUUGGAUUCAUCAGCUUCACAUUUAGACCGAGCAGCAGUUACAUCAUCACGAUUCCUUUCCUCAGCGACUUAUCUGUCAACAACUACUACAUCCGCCGUCAGCCAACGAAGUGGCCAACGGCGUCGCCAAGCCUCUGGUAAUCUUUCUCCACCUGGCUCGCCUCUUCUUGUGCCACAACGUCACCAUGAGUUGGCUUCUUAUCAGGCCUCAGAACCACCUCUUUUCCCAAAUGCUUGUGCUGAAUCGGUUGGUUUUAAGUCGCAGAUUAAUAGGAGCUGCGUGCCUGAGACCAAGUUUUAUGACUCUUCUCAAUCAGUUGCUUCAUCGAGCCAAAGUGCAUUUAUAUCUGACUCCUCUUCGGUUGCUCACAAUACAAUCAGUGAUCCAGCUAAUCCGGCUCUGUUUACUUACCUUACCAGCCACCUACCACUAGGUCUACUUAGCCAUCCUCUUUGCGACUGUUGCCCGGCUUCCAUUUCAUCAUCUUCCGAUGUCUCAGGCUCCAACAGCAAAGGUUUGGCGGGUGGAGUCUAUACUACCUUAGCCUUGCUUCGUGUACUUUACUACAUCAAUUGUCUCCGCUACACUCUUGGUGAUGGCUGCCAUGAACCAUUGCCUAUUCUAACUAAGGUAAUCUUCACACGAGUAUAUUUAUCUUGGCGAUAUAAUAUUAUGAUAUGGUUUCCUGAUCCCUCAUGA